AUGGCUCUUCACGACGAAAAGGAAAGCACAAGAUUGCUGCUCGAUUAUGAGGAUUCAGGUGGUAGAGAACCAAGAGUUUUCAAGUAUUGGAAUUCCCGCCGACAUGCUAAUAUAAAAUCCUUAUCCUACCUGAUUUUUGCGUUCUCUGUUGCAAGCUUUAUGGUUUUAUACAUGGCAAUCAAUUGGAGGAGCACUAAGCAUGAAACCGUGUCCGUCCCGCCCGUCCUCAACCAGAUCCUUCCAAUUUUCACCAACGAAUCCAGUUCCAAUAACUACACGAAUCAAAUCUUCAAUGAUGGCUGCACCGUACCAAUAUUUGAUCUAUACGAUGAAUCCGAGAAGCCAUAUUUCAUCCCACAUGACGAUACUAUUGGCUGUGAUCCGAAUUUGAAACCUCUGACGGAAUACACGAAUGGAUCAUGGCGGGUAACUCAGGAAAAGGAGGGAAGGAGUUGUAAGGCAAGGUGCUAUGAGCUCCCUGUGCUCACCGGUCCUUUCUUAAUAUCCGAUUGGUUUCCACCGGGACCCACCGACUGUGAAUUUCUGGAAGCCGCGUGUUGGGAGAAUGAUCGAGAAGUUUAUGGAUAUAUCCACACUCAAAUUUUAGAAAAACCUCCAAAAGUCAUUAAGAAGGGCGUUCCGGAUGUAUUUGUGAUUCUUGUCGAUUCUCUGUCGUCUCGUAUGAUGAAACGAUCCUUGGCGAAAACUGUGAAAUUUAUGACAGAACAAUUCCAGGCCGUUGAUUUUCCAUCGUAUAGUCAAGUGGCUUCGCGUAGUCAGGUUAAUGCAGUACCUCUUUGGUUUGGAAAACAAGUAGAAGCGGGAACUAUGCAAGGUGGUAGAGAAAUUGAAGUGGAUUGGAGUGAAGAUGAGUAUUGUCAUCAUUAUAUGGAUGAUAAGCCAAAUAUGUUCAAGGAUUUCACGGAUGCAGGGUAUAUGACUAAUUACAUCGAUGACUGGUUUUACCAAACUCUUUGGGCCAAUCCGGACUGCAAGGGAUUCCAAAACUAUCACUCGGCCCACACGUUUUUUCCAUUUGUCAAAAUUUUCGAGAAAACAGACUUAUACAUUACAAAAGAACACUUGCGGGGACGGAUAUCGUGUCGAGAAUCUUAUUCAGCAGCGCUGGAGUUUUUUGAGCAGUUUACAGAAAUUUACAAAGACCGUCCAAAAUUUGUGUGGUACUGGUCUGUCCACUUGGCACAUAACUUUUUGAUGGGCGCUGAUCGAUUGGACAAACCUUUGCUCGAGUUUUUACAGGGCAACUCUGAAAUGUUUGACAACGCAUUUGUCGUUCUGAUGGCAGAUCAUGGAUGGCGUAGUGGGACUACUGAAUUCUAUGCGAGUGAAAUUGGAAACUUGGAGCAUCAUAACCCAGCGUUCAUGAUGUCGGUGCCUAAAAAGUAUCGGGAUAAUGGAAUUCUAGAAGUUUUAUCCAAAAAUUCCGAACGACUUCAGACGCAUUAUGACCUACGAGCCACCUUGCUGGAUAUUGUAAAAUACCAGCCAUCCUCACAAUUUUCUAACACUACCCUUCUAAAAAUCCCGGGUGAAAAAGGACACUCUUUGCUCCGCGAGCAACCGUUGACUCCGAGAAAUUGUGAGACUCUUCCAAUUAUCCAGGAAUACUGUAUGUGCAAGUCUAAGUCGAUUGACAUGAAAUACGACACUAAAUUGAGCAACCGUCUGGCUACCGCGCUCAUCACCUAUGUUCAUGAUACACUUGAAGAGUUUAAUGUGACGUCACAAUGCCAUAAAUAUGAGUUUGAUAAGGUCACCGCUCUCAGUAUCAUCUCGUUAAACGGUGCGAAAGCCACUUAUAAAAUUGUCGUAAAGACAAAGCAGCCUGCAAUUUUCGAGACUUUAGUGACGGAUAACGAGACUGGAAAACUGGAAUUUGGAGCAAUCGAAAGAGUGGAUAGAUAUGGGACGACUACUUAUUGUACCAAGAAGACUCAUUAUACACCGUUGUGUUAUUGUAAAGAAUAA